AUGAUUUCGCCAUUUUUCUUUGUGAUCAGUUUCCUUCUCGGACAAAAUGGGCGUACUACACCGGUGCAACAUUCAAACCUGAAUAAUCCUGAUCAAGUUUUGUCCAUUACUAAAUUACCAUCAAUUCUAAACAAGAGUCGAGCGAUUGUUAAUCGAUUUCAAUGUCCUAUUAGAUGGCAACGAUUCGGUGGUUCAUGCCAUCAUUUGUCCAAUGUUUCAUCAACAGUCAGCGUAGCCAAUAAUAUGUGCAAUACAAAUAUUUUUAAUGAGUCUCAACUAAUGUAUAUUAAGCAUAUGGUUGAAUUUUACUAUGUCGCUCAUAUUCUGACUAAAAAUAAUCUCUCGGAGUUGCUCAUUCAAAUUGAUCCGCGCCUCUCUAUAGAUAGGAAACUCGGCGCUGAGUUCGUCUUAUCCGAUCUGAGCGAAUGGAAGAAAGCAGAUGAUAAAUUUCAACAGGUUCGUGAUAUAUAUCAUAAUCGAAAGAUGAAAAAAUCUAAGCGACUUCGACUUGACAACUACUCAAAGCAGGACAAUUCAGUCAGUUCGAUCGAUGAUACACAAACUGAAACACUAAUAACAAGUACUCAAUCAACAACAUCUACCUUUCCUGCUGAUUCCGAAGGAUUCGAUGCUAUUCGUCGAGCCUGUGAUAAGCUAAUAUGGAAUGCUCUAGAAUAUAAUUCAAAAAUAUUUAUAUUAACUGUCUAUAUGGUAUCAGGUGAAAAAUAUUGUGCAAUCAAUGAUAUCAAUCCAGAGAUGAGCUAUAAUUACAUCUGUCAAUACGUGCUCGAUUUUUGCUUCAACAAUGAGGAAUGCGGCAAAAAAGGACGUUGUAUAAACGAUUUAGCUGGUUUUAGAUGUUCAUGUUAUCUUUGGUCGGAUGGUCAAUUUUGCAGAAAAGCUUCGUGGAAAUUUACACAAAUGUUAGUUGGUCUUGGAAUGAUGAUUCUUUGCUUGGCUUUUACAAUAUCACCUCUGAAAAAGUGUCAGCAGCAACUGAUGCACAGAAUUAUCAAAUGUUUUGAAAAACAACCUACAAUGUCGGUUUCUACACAAAGGAGCACAAAUUCCACAGUGGAUGAUAUGAAUCGAGAAUCAAUAUCGGAAAGUGAAGAAAAAGAGAACAAUUACAUUCGUUGGAUGUUGAUGUUUGCAUUAAUGCUCGCCCUUUUCACAUGUCUAUGUCUUAUUCCAAUCAUCUCUCAUUGGAAUUCUGUUCAAUUUGAAAAGAUGGAUCCAUCAGAUGUCACAGAGACAAUUGAUCGCACAAUACAAUUAAUGGCUCAAUGCGAACACAAGUCUAUUUGGGGAAUCGAUAGUCGCAUAUUUCUUGUCAUCUCAAUCAUGGUUUGUUUGCUCUUUUUCAUAUUAAUUUGGAUAAAUACAACUUGUGUAACUGCUGAUUCCAAUCAAUUGGGAGGAUGUGUGUCACCGAUUGAACCAUUUACAACAGUCAAUCGUCAUGAAACUGCUGCACUUUUUGGUAUAGUAAUGAUAGAGGUGCUCAUGGCACUUGAAUACUAUAUUAUUGAUUUGAGCGAACUAUGGAAUCGAGGUGUACUCGAGCAGCUUCUUGAACGUGCUCUCAUUCCACUUCUGUAUAGCAUUCGUUACUACCCAAUAUUGAUCUCGUUACACCAACGAAACAUAUGGGUUCGCUUUUUUGCCUUUAUCUACACUUUGGGAAACAUUGGAUAUAUCGUUAUUCGUCGAAGUUCAUGUAUGGAUUUUUUGCCCUUUUCCAAAAGAUUAUCGACACUUGAGCAGGUGCAACGUCACAUGGAGCUGGGUCCUUGGACGGUUACAUAUGGAUUGAUCAAAAACAUACCACAGUUUAUUUUACUUUCCUACAUCGGUGCAGAACUUACCGUUCGUUUUAUUUCUUCCAUCAUAUUACUGUGCAGAAAAAAACGAAGAAUCGCAACGGAAGCACCGACUACUCCAGGUGAAGGAUUUCGUUUUCAUCAGUCUACGAGUUUGGCUGACCAUCCCCCAAACCAUGACGGUUUCUGUUCGUCAGUUCGAAAGCACUAG